AUGGCAGAGCAAGUCAUCGUCCACCCGAAUCUCACGACCUCGAAAACGGGCACAUUCUACUUCGCCUUUGGCUCGAACCUCUCAGCAUACCAGAUGUCCUUGCGACUGAACCACACACCGAGCUCGAGCGUGCCGGUAGCGAUUGCGCGACUCGACUCGCACGCCUGGAUCAUCUGCGAGCGGGGCUACGCCAAUGUUGUCUCGCUGCCGCCCUCGGACGCCGCCUCGGACGCCAACACCGUCUGGGGCGUCGUGUACAACAUGAGUCCCGAGGACGAGGCGCGGCUGGAUCUCUACGAGGGUCACAAUGAUGAGCGGAAUUCAAACGUCCAAGUUAAUCCCGACCCGGCGAGUCAGGUGUGGAAGCCAUAUCUCCAGGGUGGCUGGGACUAUAAUAAGCAUUACUUGCCGAUGACGGUGACCAAGUGGUCGAGGAAUCCGAAGGAAUAUGGUGUUGAGGCGGCAGGGGAAUCGGCGACGGAGCUGCAGACUACGAUACGAGCGUUGGUGUAUGUUGAUGAGUUCCGGACGAGACCUGGGUCGAUCAAGCAUGAGUAUGUAGGAAGGAUGAAUCGUGCGAUUGCGGAGAGUGUUGCGCUGGGAAUUCCGGAGGGUUGGGUGAAUAGUGUGCUGAGGAAGUUCGUCCCUGAAGGAGUGUCUGUUGACGAGGAGGGCUACGUUGGCACGCCUGAUGGCUAUGUCGAGGGAAAAGAUGUGGAUUGGGUGGAUCAUAAGGUACAGGCGGAGGCGACUGAGACCAAGGAUCAUGUUGUGGAGAAUGAUGUGAAGGAAACGUUAGGAAAGUCAUGA